GACGUUACGUUGUCAUAGUUACCGUCAAUGUCGCUUUGUUCAAACUGCCUUGUGCGCGUGAACGUCAAGAGACGGCGCGCUCACGACCCGGCCGCAUAUGGAGAAGACUUAAAUCACGACCCUUAUGUAUUGUUUGGAAUAACUGCCCCUUAAAAAAAGAGGUCGCGUGACGUGAAAAUGUCAAUUUUGGGCGCUUAAAAGCUGCGUGGACGGUUUUUAGGGAGGGGGAGCCUCCGACACCAUUCAAGUAUGACAACAACACAAUAGUGUUGGCGAUCAAGAUGAGGAUCCAGGGACAACCGGAGGGUGCAAGGAGGCACCUGGAUUUAAGCACUCCCGGCGAGCUGCGCCGCGUGGAGGUCCACCGUGGUCGGUCAGGCUACGGCUUCACCAUCUCGGGACAGUGGCCAUGCUUGUUGAGCAGCAUUCUGGAGGGAAGUCCUGCCGACCUGGUGGGACUUAAACAAGGUGACGGCAUCAUGGCUAUAAACGGAGCCGACGUCUCUACAGCUUUGCACGAGACCGUGGUGCAGAUGAUCGGUCGUUGCAUCGGGCCACUGCGCUUGGUCGUUCGCACCGAGGGCCGCGUCAUCGGGAACCCCAUCCUACAUGACGAAAAGUUUUUAAUAAGCCCGAAAAAGGCAGGCCUCCUCCGCGCCAUCUCACAUGAUUCACCGAAUUCCGACAACUGGCACAAGACGCUUGCUGGCAAGGAGAGGCCGCUGUCGGAACCGGACAUGUCGCAGUGGUCUAAACAGCAGAGCGUCGAAACGCAGGUGCCAACAGACGAACACCGUUCUGUUUUGACGGACAGCGAGGAAGCGAAUCCAGACUGGAGCAUUUUAAACAUGACCUUGGUGGUGGGGUACCUGAGCUCCACAGAGCUGAUCUUAAAUACGUCGCAGUCGGAGGAUGACGGCUUGAAGGCCAUCAGAGAUCGAAUACGCCAGCUGGGCACGGAGCAGGAUACCCAUACGCUGGUCGUGAUGAAGAUCACGUUUGACUGCAUCCGACUUUGCGAUGACAUGGGAGCCACUCUGGCGGCCUUUCCCACCGAGAACCUGGUCCUUGGGGCCGUUUGCACCGAGGACCCUCGUUUUUUUUGCCUGGUGACCACCGCGCACAUAAUCAAUGGCUGUGCUCCGCAAGACGCUCCGCUGAGGGCUUCCUGCCACGUUUUCUUCAUUGAUCCGGAGCUGGGAAACCACGAGGAGCACACAGGCAUCGCUGGGCGCUUUGGUUUUGACUGCACCCCUGAUCCAGACACCUCGGGUUGCCUGGAGUUCCCCCAGACUCCGCCGGAUGUCCUUCAUUUUGUCACAGUCCUGUACAGCGACAUGGGGGACGCGGUGGAGAGGCUUCGAGUCAAACUGGACAUUGAGGCUCAGCAGCAAGCCAAGGAGAACGUCCAACAUGGUAGCUCCAGUAGUAACGGAGACAGUGGCAUUGACAAUGCCUCGCCCCCUGAAGAGAGAGCCGCCAGGGAUUUCCCUUCCGUAAUCCAAAACCACCACGGGAUCCUCCUCCCCACCUGUCCAUGGGAUAAUCCCGGAUCGCCUGACCAUAUCCCGAGAAACCUCUACAAUAAUGGCCAACGAUAUCAUCCAGAGAAUAGUGGCAGCACACACUCCCUUUCAGAGUCGCUACCUGGUCCCGAUUCUCUCACCGACUUUUACGGAGGCCCUCCACCUCGGCUCAAAUUCCAGUUCAAGCCCCCGCCUCCUCUAGCCCCUUUGGGGAAAAAAAAUUGCCUCUCAGAAGAGCCUCUCCAGGGUAGCCAGCGCUGGUUCUCUAAGCCAAAGUGGCCCAAAUCCCUCAGUGGUGACCCAGAGCCUCAGAUGACGUGGAACAAUGACAACUGGUUUGCUGGCGUCGGCCUGGGUGCUGGUGGCGCGCGGAACCUACCGCCCGUCAUGAGCCAGAUUCCCUCAGAGCGGUAUCGGUCUGCCGAGUUCCUUCUAAUGAUGCCCCCCAAAGAGGAAUGGACCCAAGCGUUUGUCCACCGGAAGAAUGAGCGUGGGAAAAAUGGCUCCAGGUUUUGGGGCUUGGGUGUUCUCCGUGCCUCCAAACGCCGCUCUUCAAAGCGUCUUAGCCUGGCCAGAUCUCUGGACGACCUUGAGUCGGCGGCUUCCUCGGACGGUGAUUCCAGUGGCGUUCAGUUGCAGGGAUGCUGCAGCCACAGCAGCUUGAACAGUAACGGCAGCCUUCCGGGUGGCCACCGGGGGCUACCGGAACAACGCGUGGCCAGCUGGGCCGCGUGCUUCGAGCGCCUUCUCCAGGACCCUGUGGGCGUCCGCUACUUCUCGGAAUUUCUCAAGAAAGAAUUUAGUGAGGAGAAUAUCUUGUUCUGGCAAGCCUGUGAAUACUUCAGUCAUGUUCCUGCGAGUGACAAAAAACAGCUGUCCCAGAGAGCCGGCGAGAUCUACAACAGCUUCCUGUCCAGCAAGGCCACCAUGCCAGUCAACAUCGACAGCCAAGCUCAGCUGGCUGACGACGUCCUCACAUCUCCGAGGCCCGACAUGUUCAAGACGCAGCAGCUACAGAUCUUCAACCUGAUGAAGUUUGACAGCUACUCCCGUUUCCUCAAGUCUUCCCUUUACAAAGAGUGCAUGCGUGCGGAGGUGGGUGGCCUCCCUUUGCCGGAUCCCUACCAGAUCCCCUGCAGUCCUGCGGCAUCCAAACACAGCGCCAGCUCAGACCGCUCCACCCUUUCCACUCCCAAGAAGGAUGCCAGGAAGCAGCGGUCCGGGAGGUCGCUCAAUGAGGACAGCAGAGACGAAAGUGCCGACAAAAAACGCGGCAUUUUCUUUUCGUGGUCUCGCAAUCGGAGCUUUGGCAAAGGUCCCAAAAAGAAGGACAUUGGUGACAUUAACCUCGACUAUUGGGGUAGUAAUGGCCGAAGGGAGUCCCAAGGCUCCUUGUCUUCCAGUACCAGCCUGGAGAUGCCCACUUCCUGCUCUGCUGGCAAGCUGGAGUCAGACAAUCGACACUCAAUGGGUGCGUGGGAGCGCUCCCCGAAACACUGCAGUGUGACGCUACCCAAUGGCUCCUGCUCCUCCAUCACCCUUCGGCCCGGCGCCUCCAUUCGGGAGGUCCUACAGGUUCUGUGUCACAGCAUCAAUGUCAACAUGGCGGCAGUGGAUCUCUUCCUGGUGGGAGGCGAAAAGCCUUUAGUAUUGGACCAAGACUGUAUGACCCUCAGCUCGCGAGAUCUGCGACUGGAGAAGAGGACCUUGUUUCGACUGGACCUGGUGCCCAUUAACCGCUCGGUGGGGCUGAAAGCCAAACCCACCAAGCCGGUCGCUGAAGUUUUACGCCCCGUGGUGGCCAAGUAUGGCCUCCUGCUCACUGAACUGGUGGUGAAAAUAAGCGGCCAGACGGAACCUUUGGAUUUGGGUGCCCCCAUAUCCAGUCUGGACGGCCUGCGCGUCGUGCUGGAGCGCAUCGACUCGGCCUCAGCGAAAGACACAGCCAAGAGCGCCUCACUCAAAAGCCAACCGCCGACCAGGAGUCUUUCGGGAACAGAAGAUGAGAGGUCAGCAGCGCCAAAGGAGUUUGGCGGGCGAGCAGGUGGACCAGACUUGGCGCUCCCUGGCGAAAAGAGAAAACAGAAAAAGAUUAAUAUAGACGAAGCUGAAGAAUUCUUCGAGCUGCUGAGCCGGGCACAGAGCACCCGGGCCAACGACCAGCGUGGACUACUGACCAAAGAGGACUUGGUGCUUCCCGAUUUCUUGCGUUUGGUUCCCCUUCCCACUUGCCCCUCCUCGGACCAGGUGUGCUCCACGCCGGACUCUCUGAAGCAAAACCGCGAGAACGGCGGCCACGUUCGAGGGCCGCUAGCCUCGGGCCUCCGCUCCGAGAGUCUGGACUCCUCCCUUGGACACUCCGGGGCCAGGCGGUGCCUGAUGCCCCCGUCUCGCCACUCGCCCUUCGGCUCCCACUUGUCCCCCAUCCCGCGGCCCCCGGACGCCCGGUCGAGCCUCCACACCGUGGAGGAGGACGCUCACGCCGACUUGACCCUGGUGGGGGAGGGCGAAAUCAAUAGCCCCAACAGCACGCUGCUGCCCGCGUCCCCGUCACCCAUGCCGUCCCUGGAGGGGAGCCUGCCCGAGGCCAACUUCACCCCGCCGCCGCCGCCGCCCUGCCCUCACGCUCAAGACACGGACGCAAAGUCCACUCCAGGCGGCACCAAAGCUCCCGGCGAGAAAGAGGCUUUGGAGCAGGAAGUGAUGGAUGUGGAAGGGGUGCACUUGGAGGAGAGAGCGCCGCCCGACACCCCCCACGGGGACGAGUCGGAGCUCAGCCUGAGCUUCCAGGGCUACGUGGCCGAACUGCGCCAGUGCCAGAGCCGAAUGAGGAACGCCCAGCAGAUGCCUCACGGCGCCGUUCACCUGGACGAGCCAGACUGCAAGGCGGACCUCUUCAAGGCCACCGUGGUCUAGCAGGCCGCCAACAAUCCCCCCCACCCUGAAUCCACUGCUGCACUUUGAAAGCCCCGAGGGAAGGAUCAAACAACUCUGCAUGAACAAAGACAUCAAGGCCUCCCCGAAAAUGAAAUGUUAUUGUAAAUUGGAAUUCUGGUGUUUUGGUACGUUCAGUCGGUGUGAUUUUGUGUUUUUGGUAUAGCGUGAGAUUUCGAUGACAAGCAAUGAAAAAUGACAACUUCUAAGAUAGCAUAUUGUUUCUUUUGUGGGUGUUUGUAUUCGUUUCUUUAAUUUAGUAUGGCCCUCAAAAGAUUUAAUUAAAAGCCUACCAUUUUUCUCAUUUGGAUUUUGAAAAUAAUUGAUAAUAAAUAUUGUUUUGAUUUGAUAUUUUCUCAACAAUCCAAGCAAAAGAUGAUUUAUUUUAAAUUCCAUUUAAUAGGAUAAAUUUGAGACU